UGUUUGUGGGGGGCCAAGCUUGCCUUCCCAUCUGGCCCUAGCAAUGCUUCUGCCUCUAUAAAUAAAUAUCUAUUCUUGUCUCGAAUCUAGGUGUAAACAUACAGGUAUGUGAAAAAUGAAUGUCUUCGAUGGAUGUUAAAGAUGAAAAGCUUGGCAGGAAUUUCAUUAUCUGACGUGUGUAAACUGAAAGUUAACAGAGUUAUUGAAAACACCUUUAAAGUGUAUCUUACACAUCUCUCUCUGGUUUGUUUUAGUUACCAUUCUGAGUUUGACCCUCCUAUCUCCAGGAGAGCAUAUAAAGCAAUAUCCGAACAUUCUUCCUCAACAUUUAUGAUACAUGCAUCCAAGAUUAAUAUGGAUCGUGAAAUAGUUUUAAAACCAAAACUUCACCAGCUGGAAUGUCACUUUACUUGGGCUCUGAUAAAAGAAGACAUAGAUCUAGUUGAUCUUCUCAUCAGGCUGGAAGAACAGCUUAAGUUGAAUUUUGGAAAAAAAGAAGCACUUGCACGUGUUUACUGUGCUUUAGCAUAUGUUAAAUUUCUUGAGGGGUUUCAGGAAGAAGCACUUAACAAUCUGAUGACAUCUGUGAAGCUCUACAUAGAGCACCAUGAAGAGGAAUUUCACAAAACUCUCAUUGUCACCUAUGGAAACCUUGCCUGGUUAAACUACCACAUGAAGAACUAUACAGAGUGUGAAAGUUACCUGCAGAAACUACAGAUGAUAAAUGAUAGACAUUCAACUGAGGCUUCAUCUGUUCCAGAGGUGCUUAGUGAGAAGGGAUGGACCUUUCUUAAAUUUGCUUUCAAAUAUUAUGAGCGAGCCAAAGAAUGUUUCAAGAAGUGUUUGGAGCUGGAACCAGAAGAUAGUGAGUGCAACGCUGGCUAUGCCAUUGCUCUGUUUCGGACAGAAUUUGGGGGCUUCGAGUACACAAAUUCACUCACAAUCAAGCAGCUGAGACGGGCCAUCGAAACAAAUCCUGAUGAUGAUGUUCUUAAGGUCUUCUUAGCUAUUCGACUUGUUUCUUACAAGAAACAUAAGGAGGCUGAUGUCUUGGUAGAGAAAGCUUUAGAAAGAUCUCCAGAUCAUCCACACGUCAUGCGAUAUGCUGGAAGAUUCUUCAUGAGUAAAGGAUGUGUGGACAGGUCUAUUUCUCUGUUUAGCAAAGCCCUUGACCAGUCACCCAAAUUAAGUUGCAUACAUUAUCAGUUAGCUCUCUGCUAUAAGAUAAAAAAAAUACAACUGCUGCAAAGAAAUCACCACACUGAAACAUUACAGGUUCAACAGAUUCGUGAUCAGAUCAUCUAUCAUUUAGAAAAGGCUAUCGACCAUGCACCCUACUUCAUUACUGCAAUGAGUGAUCUUGCACUGCAUUAUGGUGAACGACGUGAAAUUUCACGUGCUGAAGAGUUGUUUCAGAAGACGUUCAAAACAGCCAAAGAGAAAAAUGAUAAUUUAUACCUGGUCAGUUUUUACUACGCUGAAUUCCAGUUGCACUGCAAAAGAUGUGAAGCUUUAGCUAUCGAGCACUAUAUGCAAUGCCUGAAGUUGUGUCCAGGUUUACCUGAAGGGAAGAAAAGUUAUUACAGAUUGAAAAAGAUUGCAAAGCAACGUAUUCGUAAAAACACAAAGGAUGGUGAAGCUUAUGCUAUACUAGGAUUCCUUCACAAAGAGAAAGGAGAGAAUCAUCAUGCCAUUUUGUGCUAUGAGAAAGCUCUGAGUUAUGUAGAUAAUGAUGAGUACCUCAGAAAUCUUUGUGACCUCAGGAUGUCCAUACAGUAAAGUAACAUCCAGUACAAUCAUACAGUAAAGACAUGUUUAUAUCAUUAUUGUCUUUAAUUAUACGUUUCAUAAAAUUGCACUUUAAUUACUAUUUUAUAAUUCUUUAUUCAUUAAGAAGGUGUUCAUUUAAGACCAUUUUUAUUGCAGAAAAUAGCAUACCUGUUGCACAAUAUUAACCUGAAUAGUUGCACACGUUUUCUAUAGCCUAUAAAGCACUUUAUAUUUGUAAAAUAAAACAGUUAAUGUUUUAAAAGUUACUUUUAAAAGUAACACUAAGACAAAACAUGGAAUUUUGUGUAUUAAUGAAUUGUUGUAAAUAAAUCAUUUUUAAUGCCUUU